AUGCGCUGCCUCCUGCUCCGUAGCCCACCGUCACCGACGCUUCCUCUUACCGUCGCCCACGCUUCCUCUUACCGUCGCCCACGCUUCCUCUUACCGUCGACCACGCUUCCUCCCCGUCGCCCACGCUUCCCCCCACCGUCGCCAACGCAUUUCCCCACCGUCGCCAACGCUUUUCCCCACUGUCGCCAACGCUUAACCCCACCGUCGCCAACGCUUUUCCCACUGUCGCCAACGCUUAACCCCACCGUCGCCCACGCUUCCCCCCAUCGUCGCCCACGCUUCCUCCCACCGUCGCCCACGCUUCCCCCCUCCGUCGCCCACGCUUCCCCUGCCAUCGCCCUCCCUGUCGCCCGGGAAUCCCCCCUCCCGCUAGACUCCCUCCCCUCCCGCGAAAAAUCCCCCCGUCCUCUCAUAACCCCGGCCUCUCAUCCCCCUGUCCCAUGUCCUCUCGUCCCCCUCGUCGUCUCGUCCCCCUGUCCUCUCAUCCCCCCGUCCUCUCAUCCCCUCGUCCUCUCAUCCCCCCAUCACGCUCGUCCCCUCGCAAACCCUGUCUCCCUAUGUCCCUGUCGCCCUCGUUCUUUCCCCGUAUCCCCAGCCCUGCUUCCCCCCAUCCCCUUCCCUGCUUCCCCCCAUCCCCUUCCCUGCUUCCCCCCAUCCCCUUCAAUGCUUCCCCCCAUCCCCUUCCCUGCUUCCCUCCAUCCCCCUCCCUGCUUCCCCCCAUCCCCCUCCCUGCUUCCCCCCAUCCCCCUCCCUACUUCCCCCCAUCCCCUUCCCUGCUUCCCUCCAUCCCCCUCCCUGCUUCACCCCAUCCCCUUCCCUGCUUCCCUCCAUCCCCCUCCUUGCUUCACCCCAUCCCCCUCCCUGCUUCUCCCCAUCCCCUUCCCUGCUUCCCCCCAUCCCCUUCCCUACUUCCCUCCAUCCCCCUCCCUGCUUCACCCCAUCCCCCUCCCUGAUUCCCCCCAUCCCCUUCCCUGCUUCCCACCAUCCACCUCCCUGCUUCCCCCCAUCCCCUUCCCUACUUCCCCCCAUCCCCUUCCCUGCUUCUCCCCAUCCCCUUCCGUGCUUCCUCCCAUCCCCUUCCCUGCUUCCCCCCAUCCCCUUCCCUGCUUCCCCCCAUCCCGUUCCCUGCUUCCCCCCAUCCCCCUCCCUCCUUCCCCCCACCCUCUGCUCUGUUCCUAA